GUGGGGUCCAAUAGAUGCCAUUUGAUGCCAUUCACGUCCUGGGGCCCUGGGCCCAUCGAAGGAUCAGAUCCCGUGACAAUCGACCCGAGGAUCUGAGUCCCGUGAUAUCGCUUCCGAUUCGCGUUAGUGGCGUUUGUUUACUUCCGCAGCCACGCGUGUGUCUCCCUGUCUCCCCGACUUUCCUCUCGCCCAUUUACUCGUCCCCCAUCCCAUCCAUCCCCAUCCCCGUCUGUGCAGCUUCUCAAACACCUUGGACUCUUACAAAUACUACUUCGUGCUCAGCCCACGCGGCACGGUGAGCAAGCCUCGAGAUACGCACACCUCGCGCAAACAUGGGGCUUAUCGUCGUCUUUCCGGAGUACCCGUAGGCGCCCUAAAGACCCCGCUGUUGGCUGGAAUGUCGUGACUCGCGGGGAGGGGUAAGAGACUAUUCAGCGAAUCCUGAGCCCUCCGUCCCGCCGUGCUAUUCUGAUUCCUGCUUGAACAAUCGCAUUCU